GUCAUGGACCUGGACAGCGUGCAGAGCGACGAGACGGCCUCGGGCGGGGACAACUCGAACCCAGGCUCCUGUGCCGGCGGCGACGACGACCAGGCGAGGCUCAGGCUCAAGAGGAAGCUGCAGAGGAACCGGACCUCCUUCACCAACGAGCAGAUCGACAACCUAGAAAAAGAGUUCGAGAGAACGCACUAUCCGGACGUCUUCGCGCGAGAACGGCUGGCCAGCAAAAUCAAACUCCCGGAGGCCCGCAUCCAGGUGUGGUUCUCUAACCGUCGGGCCAAGUGGCGGCGCGAGGCCAAGGUGCGCGACCAGCGGCGCAUGGAGCCCUCGGCGGGGCCGCCGCCGGGGCCGGCCUCCAACCCCAACAGCGGCGCGGCCCCCGGCGCGGGCGCGGGCUCCGGCGUGGACUGCGGCACCGUGGUCGCCCAGGGGGUGGGGCAGGGAGUGGGGCCGCCCACCCCUGGCCCCGUGACCCCCGUGGGCAGCGUCUCCCCGCCGCGCUCCCUCAUGAACGGCGGCAGCGCCAACGGGCCCUUCAACUGCUACUCCAGCAUCACCAGCAUGGCCGACUCGUACAGCGCCAUGUCUCCCAUGUCCACGUUCAGCAUGUCGGGAUCGGCUCACGCUCACGCCAUGAACCAGGGCAUGGGCCAGGGCUCCGAUGUGACGGGGAUGAUGUCUGGCGGGCUUUCCGGAGGCCUGUCCGGAGGCCUCUCAGGCGGGUUGUCCGGGGGCCUGUCGAGCGGGGUGUCGUGCGUGCCCCAGCGCGACUCGCCCUCGCCCUACUCGUGCAUGCGGCCGCAUUACGAGACCCUCGGGCUGUCCAGCGGCCUCUCCAGCGGCCUGUCUGGAGGGCUCUCUGGGGGCCUGUCCGGCGGCCUGUCCUCGUACGGCUCUAGGCCCUCGCCGUGCUCCAUGCAGACAGCCUACCACCACCACCACCAUCACCAGUACGGCUCCUCGCUCAGUUCGGCGGGAGGGUCCUCAACAGGUCUCAUAUCCCCUGGAGUCUCCGUGCCCAUUGCAGUCCCAGGACAGACACCUGGACCGGACAUGUCGGCACAAUACUGGCCACGGCUACAGUGACCCCUCUAUCUCUGUCUCUGAAUGUGUUAAUUAAAUAUUGUACCACCUAAUUACACUGUACGCUGCUCUGAGCGGCAGCGGUUUUGUUACCCCGCUAGUAUUUAACUAUGCACAGAACAUGUGCAUCAAAUGUUUUGGAAAAUGUGAAGACCAUCCUUUUGGUGGUCACAUGCAGAAUCAUUAGGAUAUGAAAGUUUAUAGCCACUACCUGAUUAAUGUUUAUGGUUUCUUACUCUGUCAUGAACCUCAUCGUCUAAUUGGAAUUUCAUUUAUAUAUUUCAUAUGCUUAGAUAAUUUCCGCUUAAAAUAAGAAAUAUUUUCAGCUACAAACUAAAUCUGAAAGAUUAAGAAUCACAGUUUUUUAAUUUGACUAAGUAUAAUCUCUUCUUUAAACUAAAAAUUUCUAGACACAUAUUUUCAACAAUUUUUUAUUUUAUUUUUCUUUCAAAUGGUGAAGUAUUCUAUCAGAGAAGGAAAUUAUAAACAACAAUGAACAGCACCGGAAGUCGUUUUGCCACUGAUUCAACAUGAGAAACACAGUACUAUUCGAUUCAUAUCCAGUGAAAUGAAAAGAAAACAAAAGGAAAACACCUUUGGAUAUCACUGUGCUUCUCAUUAGAACCCAUGAAUUGGCCCUACUUGUCAUAUAUUCUGAAUGUAAUUACUAAUUUUGGAGUACUGCAUGUUUGUCAUGCCAAAUACUGGCACACGUCCAUAUUUCAGCAUUUCAUUUACAUUAACUAAAACAAAUUUGGCGUCAUUGGCUUUGAGUUGGAAAUCUGCAGUGCCUACUGAGUUUGGCAUUUGUCAGCAAAUUAUUAUUUUAUUUAUUUGUGUAUUUUUUCUGUGCAAUUUUUCUUUUGGUGUAGAGUGCUGAAAAGGAGGGGAUAAAUUUGAGUACAGUAUGUUAUUAUUAUUAUUAAAUGAUCAUAAGGUGAUAAUGUGGAAUGAAUUCCUUUUCUCGUGAUAUGCAUGCAAUCCUAGAUGGUAUAUAGAACAUGCCGCUAUCAGAGUUAAUGAGUGGCUAAGAGGGUGUGUUCUACAUUUUGUUAUAUAUAAUUUCCCCAAGUCAAGCGCAGGCAACAAAGUUGUUUUGCACCCCUCCAUUGUUCUUAGAGUAGAAUCUGUUCAAAAAACAAAGUGAUUAUACAUAUAUUAUGUAAAAAUUUAUUGUAAUUUUAAAGAAGAUCCUGCUGUGAAUUUAGAAGCUCCUGUUUCUGAAUGUUAUUGAUGAUCUCUUGACCAAAUAAAUAUGUGAAUUUUUAUCAACUGA